GGAACAGCCUCCAUAAAAGCUGGACCCUGGAUGGCUGCACGAUGCAAUUACUUCCUGCCCAGUUCAGCUGCAACUGCAAGUACUGUAGCAGCAUUGCAAACGUCGAGCUCAUGGCCUUGUCCCCUACCAAAUGCCUUGCUCUUCAGCUAUAUAUCCAUGAGCUAGCUAGCCAUCAAGAAAAUCGUCAGUUCAGCGUUUCACUCGCAAAGUCACAAGCUAGCCAUCCCUAAGCAACUCACCUGACGACCAAGACCAACAACCAGCCAUGAUCCAUUCCAAGAAGCUUGCUCAGCUGGCGAGGAAGCUGCAGAUCAGGGUCAAGACAACGACGGCCGCCAGGGAAGACGACGACGCCUGCAGCACGGCCUCGCCGUCGCCGACGGUGGCGGACAAGGGCCACUGCGCCGUGUACACGGCCGAUGGGAGGCGGUUCGAGGUGCCACUGGCGUACCUCGGCUCGACGGUGUUCGUGGAGCUCCUGAGGAUGUCGCAGGAGGAGUUCGGGUUCGCGAGCGAGGGGAGGAUCACGCUGCCAUGUGACGCGUCCGUGGUGGAGUACGUGAUGUGCUUGCUGAGGAGAAGCGCGUCGGAGGAGGUCGAGAGGGCGUUCCUGAGCUCUGUGGCGACGAUGAUGCAUUGCCAAAAUUCAGGCUGCACGAUGCCGCCUGUGGCGCUGCACCGUCAGUUUGCAGUUUGCACCUAGUUCAUGAAUCCUGAAUAUGUUCAGAGUUUUGCACUUCGUGUUCUACAUUUUUGCAUGUCUUUGUGCAAUCUCAUGUAAAGAUAGUUCAGUACAGGAGAAUGGAAAAUGAAAUGCUAAUUGAGUACCAGCAUUCGAUUGCAAAUUUUCAGUACACUUAGCUUUUGUUUU